AUGAGCUCCUCCAGCGGGAGGACGCUCAGUUGCGAUUGCAGCAGCAGCCGCAGCAGCAGGGAGUGCUUCUUCGACGCCUUCGACCCCAUCGAAUAUGGUGUGCAGGCGGGGGGGAAGGGCCCACAUCCUCUCGCGCGUGCGCUUGCAGGGGCCUGUCCUCCGAUGGCGUACGACUUCGAGAAGGAGACCGACUCACCGGAAGAAAAGCAGUUUGCAGCACCGCUGGAAAAGGCUGUGGGAUUCACGCACACCCUUGAUCUGCGGCAGCUUGAAGGGAAUUUUCGUCUAUCCCUGCCGCAGCAGCACGACGAGCAGCAGGAGGAACCCCCUGCGGUCUGCCUGCAGACGGGCCGUUUGGCGCUUCUGUCGGCUUCUGUUUGGGAAUCUGGAGGAGGCCCUCGCUGCAACGAAUUUGUAGUUCCUUUGCGGAAGGAGUGCGCUGCUGUUGAGGCCGCUAAGGGGGCAGUGGGCGUCUCCCCAGAGAGAGCCGCCGCAAGCGAUGGACUGCGAGAACGGGGUGGAGCAGCGUUUCAAGGCGGCAGCAACUGCAGCAACUGCAGCUGCUCUUCUGCAUAUUGGUGCCAUCCGAGUGGCGGAGGCUCCCGGUGUUCCCUCGUGGAUCUGGUAGGGGCGGUGCCUCAGCAGCUGGAUGCAAACGUUUGUGGGGAGGCCUCUGAACUUCUUCGCGAGCCUGGAUUUGCUGCAGGAAGGCAGCAGCAGGACAGCUGUGGUAGCAACACCUUUGCAGCAAGCCCCAUGGAAGCACCAGUCAUGAGCAGCAGCAGCAGCAGCAGCAGCAGCAGCAGCAACAGGGCCCGCUCAGCUGAGCGACGCCACCUUAGUGUGCGAGUGCAGACGAUCGAUGUGGAACUCGGCGAUGUUUCUCUCUCGCGGUUGCAGCUAGCCGCCUUCGGAUCCAUCCCCAGAAAGGCGGAUGCCUUCGCCCCUGCGCCAGGAGCAGCAGCAUGGGUGUUGGCGGUGUCCUCUCCCUGCCUCCCCGCUGGACGCUUCGCGCUGCUGCUGCGUCUGGCUUACUCGCAACGCCCUCCUCUGCUGACGAGCAGCUCUGUGACAGCGGGGGAGCGUUUUGCGCUUAUGAGCGCAAGCAAGCCUGCGGUGCUUCAACACAUGCAUGCAAGGCAGAUGCGGUCUUCAGACGGCAAGGCCUUGCGGGUUAAGGCAACGUUAGAAGGGGACUCUGUGGAGCUGCCUUUCGCUGCUACCAAAGCUGCAGCAGCUUUGGCAAGAGGGGGAGGAGGAGGAGACUCGUCCGUCGCUUUUUCUGCGGCUGUUGCGGGAGGACACCGAGGGGCCUUGCGUAGCGCAGCUGCCUCGGCAUCCCCCGGAUGGCAUGCAGGUGCUUUCGCAGCGGCAGGGGAUGCUGGCAAUGCUGAUGCUGCUGCAUCGCGCUCCAGCAGGCCCUUAGGAUUUUUAGAGUCUAUCCUGGAAAUUCCCCUGAGGGGCUCAGCAAGUCACGGCUGGGUAACGGUAGUAGCCGAGGGCUUCGAGCUGCACAUUGGCAGUCUGCCAGUGUCGGAUAAAGGCUCUUUCUUUGUUGGAUCUCCGCCGCCUCUAGCGGCUGGAGGCAUUGCGCGGCUCUAUGUGCCUCUGACGCAUCAGAAUGCAGAGUCUCAGGCCUCGGUACGACUCGAGUUCACACCCCACCAGCAGCAACAACACCACCAGCAGCAGCAGCAGCUGCGCUCACCGGAUCCUUGUGAGCAAUGCGGAGAUGCCGAGACGGAGCUGUCGGGUCUGCGUCUUUCCGUAGAUGCCGCGCGUGUGUCUCUCCUCGGUGCCUGGAGCUGCGGCUUCUGCUUAGCCCUCAUGGAAGCCUCCAAGUCUCUUCACGGAAGUGCGCGCAUGGCAAGAGACGCUGGUGCUGCCCUUGCGACACGAGGCCCCCGUCGCGUCCUUACGUCGAUUCGCCGUCUUUUACGCUCAGCGCAUCUCGGUGCCUUUCAAGUCCAGAUAUACCGCCUGGUGCUGCUUGCUGCUCCAGGGGAUACCGUCAGCAGGGGCAGCAGCAGCCUGCAGAACUGUCGCUGCUGCUGUUCCUGCUGCUGCGGCAGCAGCAGCAGCAGCUGCACCACGGAGGCGGGAGAAGAAGGUGGCGGCUGGGUAAUCGUAGCAGCCGCUGCGGCCUCCUGCAGCGUGAAACUGACGCGGGAGGGGCAGCUUCUUGCCAUGCGGUCGUCUGUAGAGGAUCUGCGCGUCUUAGCAGCGGCAGCAGCGGCGGCUCAUGCUCCUUUGGAGCAGCCCAAUCAAUGGCCUCGGAGGCAAGCGAAGACGGCGGCAGAUGCAUGCAGCAACGGCGAGUUGACGAUUUAUCAGAUCCUCUGUGGAGCCUCAGGGCCUCCUAAAGUCUCCGAGAUGCCGCGGUUUCUUCCCCGAAACGCUUUGGGCUUUGGAGGUUCUUGGAAAAAAGCCUUCUUCUUCCCUUUGCCCUCCGUAGGUGCCCCUGGGAGACCGUUCGGAGACGCGUUUCUGCCCGUUUGCCAUCCGGAUCGGCAGAACGGCGGCGCUGGACUCCAGAGGCGUCAGCCCUCCGUGCAAGCAGCAGCUGCAGGCCCUUCCAGCCAGCGGGCUGCUCUGUCUGCUGCUGCUGCUGCUUCCGAGAGUGGAGCAGCAGCAGCAGCAGCAGCAGCAGCAGCCCCCCGGCGUCAGUCUCUGCAGUGUCUGGUGGUGAUACCCGAAGUGCAUGUGCUGCUGCUUCCAGCAGGAGCAGCGGCGAAGCUGAAGCGUCUUCUUGCCGACUUUGCGGCUGCGUUUCGGGAGGUGGAGGCCUCCGUGGCUGCAGCCAGUAGCUGCCUGAUAGAGACUCCCCCAGGCUCGCUCUCCUCUUGCGCAUCCGCGUCGAUUUUGUCGCUUGGUACGUCUUUUGCCGAGGGCCCCCUAGAGCUGUCCGAGGCUGGCACCGGUGUAGACGGAGGCGCUGCAAAUGCUGCUGCAAACGGUGCGAUUGCGCAGUACAGCCAGGGGGCCUCGCUGGAGGAGUUCAGCAGCAGCGGUCGAGAUGAAGGGAGAAACGGGGGUGUCAGGGAUGCGGGAGGGGGCCGCACGGCUGCAGCAGGCUUGAGCAGCAGCGACAGAGAUAGUUCGGAUGCCUCUUCAGUGAGCAGCGAUGAUCAUGGAGAGGCCUUCUCGGAGAGCAGCAUCAAGAGCAGUGGAAGCCAGAGGACGGCUUUACGGAAGCUGGAGCUGUGGCUAGGCAGGCUCUUACCUGCGCUGCGCUUAGACGCGGAGGUUCGCAAGUGCGUCGCUUUAGGAGGCGCAUUGGCUAUUCCCCCGAGUCCUCUUGCCCUCGUAGCGGCAGGUACACCAGCAGCGAGAAGCGACUUGGAGACGGGAGCUCAUAAGCACGGAAGGAGGAAUGCCUACCUGGUGUGUCUCCCCGCCUUCACUGCGCUGCGGCUCUCGCGGCUAGCUCAAAGCUUCCCGAGCCAGAGAUAUUGUUUAGUACGCCUUGCGCAAGCGCAAGAACAAGUGCAAGAACAUGCGCAAGAACAAGUGCCGGAGCUUCACGGAGCAAGAUUUGUUGAGAAGGGGCCUUUUGUUGGCGAUUCAAAGGAGCACCCCGACUGUUUGAGGCCCACGUGCAUCGCCCCUUCAGGGGCGUCCUACACAAGAGAAGGAGGAGGAGAAGAAGUAACAGAAACUGGCUAUCCGUGGAUGCUGCAGCAGCAACAGGAGGAGGAACGGCAGAGGGGGGGACAGGUCCAGGUGUGCGUGUUGGUGUCACUCGCCGACUUAUCUGUACAUCCUGUUGUUGAGUCACCCAUUACCUUCUCCUUCAUCUUGACGUCGAGGCGGAAGGGGGGCCUUGCAGGGCAGGAGCAGCAGAUGCUGCCGCAGCAUCAGACGCUGCAGGAGCAGCAGCAGCAGAAGCACUGUGAAUGCCGCCUCGAGGCCUUUCUCUCCCCCGUUUUGCUCUUGCUGACAGCCGCAGACGUCUUCACACUCCGCGCUGUAGCCCGCAGCUAUCUUGCUGCCUCGGCAAUUAGCCGUGAAGCAGCGGCAUCUCGGCUCUGCUGUAGGUGCAAGCGAAGAACGGCGGUGCAGAUGCCUUCAAAGAAAGCUUCUUUUGAAGUCCUAGGGGCAGCGGGAUCAGCUGCAGCAGGAGCAGCAGGAGGAGCACUGUCAGCCGAAACGGGGGCAUGUGCUGCUUCAGAGAGUCUACGCUCAGGUUCACCAUGGAGCUAUGGCCCUCCCGAGGAAGGUGGGGAAGGUGAUGAUGAUGCUCUCCAGCUUGCUGCUCCUGAGGCAUGCAUUACGUGGAAGGUCUCUUUAGAGGGCGAUGCGCUGCAGCUGACAGCAGCGGCCUCUCCAGCUCUGGAUGCGCUCAUCAGAUUAAGCUGCACGGAGGCUUCGGGGCAGGCUGUCAGAUCCUCCGCAGAGCCUCAAGACACCGUCGUGUCGCUACAGCUAAAAAGGGUGUCCAUACAGGUGGCAGAGAUGCGCGGGGCUUCGCUUGUGGGCAGUUGCGUGUUGCACCACCAGCAACAGCAACCAGCUCGGCCUUGGCAGCAGCAGCAGUGGCAUCAUCAUCAGCAGCAGCAGACUGUGUUGCUGCCCUUGCUUCUCCCCGUCUCUGUAGCUGCAGCGCUGCAGCCUUGCAAGGAGCCGGCACCCUCUGUGAGCGUCCGCAUCGAUGGCGAUGUCGACUUGAAAGCGAAUCCAAAGCACUUUCCCGCUUUCAAGAGACUCGCUACCCAGUUUGCGGAUCUGUCUGCGAGCACCAGCAGCUGCGAGGCCCUGUACAUCCACCCCCAUCUUUCUGCAGAAGCGCUGCGCCUCGUCUUUGCGAUGUCUCCAUACACCCCGCAUCUGCCUGCCCAUGCAACGCAACACCGUGCAUUUGGCAUUCCCUAUCACAUGUCCAGCUGGAGCGGUGCUUACAGAGGAGCCUUCGCUCCUGCAGGCACCGCAGCAGCAGAACUACGGCAGCCACAGCAGCAGGUGCUAUGGCGGCAUCAACAGCCCUUGACGGAAGAGCAGCGUACCGACACCUCGGACAGCGAGCAGGAGGCCUCACUGGGCAGCUUCGCGGGGGAUGCAACAGGCGCAGCUGAUGCUGAUGCUGCAGGCUGCUGCGGUGCUUCAGUUUCCUCACUUUCGGAAACAGAGGCAGCGCAAGACGAAACAAACGGCCUGAGCCAAACAAGCUAUGGAGUGCUGUACGACCGCCGGCAGCUGCCCAGCUAUUCGCUUCCGGUGUAUAGACAGGACUGCCUAUGGCUGCGAAACAGCAGCUGUCACUCCUUAGCCUUCCGAGUCGUUGGCAGUCGGGGAGGGGGAAGCCGCAAGUGGCAGACUGGGAUACUGCCUCCGGGUUGUGAGGCGUUGCUGAAACAGCAUCAGCAGCAGCUCUCAAUCCACCUUGCAGUGCUCGAUGCUGUCCACCCUGUUGGGAGAGUCGUGUAUCUUCCUGCUCUUAACCAGGGAGCACCUCUUUUUGUAGAUUUAUGCCCACCCGCUCAGCAGCAGCAGCAGCCGCUGCGGGGAGGCGGCGUUGUUGGUGCAUGCGCCUCUAGGCACGCAAGCGCAAGCGCAUGCGCUCACAGUUUAGGUGGCAUUUCGAGAGAGAGCACGGAGUAUGAUGGGGGCCCCUCACUGGCAGCCGCCCCUUCAGGAUCUUUGUCGCUUGGGGGUCCCCUUUCCGAGGGUUUAAGAGCAAAAGAGUUCGGCGAUCUGACGGUUCUGGCCUUGCAGGAAGGAGGCCAGCGCAUAGUGGACGUGGGGUGCCCCCUCCGCGUGCGGAGUCUCCUUAAAUUGCCUGUAGAACUUAUCUUCCUUGCAGAGACGGAUUCUACAGCUGUAAGGCUACUCCUCACGGCAGCCUUGAAAAGUGCUGCUAGGAUUGCUUGGCUUAGUGCCUCGCAUGCACGCCUCGGUGUGACUGAGCGCAUGCACGUGGGUCUGGUGGCAUCCUAG